AGCCAGUGGAGGCGCCGAGAAGGAACCCGGAGAGAGGGCCAGCUGGAACUACCAGUGAGGUAACUGGGGAAGACCCAGCAGGAACGCCGGUGAGGGAACCUGGAUAGAGCCGGCAGGAAUUCCGGUGAGGGAACUGGGGAAGAGCCGGCAGGGACCACCGGGGAAGCGCCGGCAGAGACGCCGGCAAGGGCGUUGGGAAAGAAGCCCGCAAGGGCAAGAGGGCCCACGACGCGCAGUCCUCGGGCCGGGGACAAGGAGCAGAAGGUCUGCAACCAAAGGUGGUGUUGGCCACGAGAUAAGACAGCUGAGAGUGCUGUUACAACUGUUGCGCGACUUGCUGGAUAAGUGGGUGAGUCCAGUGGGGCAGGACUGAGAGGCAUUAGCCGACCAGAUUGUCCUGGAGCAAUUCCAGAACGAUUUAGAAGAGCGGAUGCAACGAUGGGUCCGACAGCAUACCCCACAGAACUGCGAGGAAGCUCUGAGGUUGGCCGAAGCUUUUGCUGCCUCGGAGGCGUACUACCCUAGGAAGAGGAAGAACCAGGGACCCUCGGUGGCAGCCCCACAAGAACCGGAGCGCAGGCGUCCGCCCAACCGAGGGGCUCCCAGGGAUACAGUAUGUUUCCGGUGCGGGCAGAAGGGCCAUUUUUCCAGGGAAUGCCCGCGGCAGUCCAUGGAACGAUGGGUCCUGGAUAACAGAACAAAAGCCCCAGCAGAGCGGUGGCGAGGCCAAGGCCUUGGCGAGACUUUGGACUGCAGUUAUGUGGUCGGCGGAGAGAACGUGGCUUGGAAGCGCCCGGUUGUCACAGCAUGGGUGGCAGGCCGCCCCGUGCGAGCUACCCUGGAUUCAGGGUGUGCUCAAUCCCUCGUCAGGGAAGAUUUGAUACCACCACAGGGUCGUGGGACGGCUCCCCCCAUGAGAAUAGCCUGCCUCCAUGGGGACGCGAAGCAGACCGAGCGCCAACGGGUCCGCCUAUGGGUAAUGGAGCAUCAGGGAGAACUCCUGGUGGGCGUGGUGCCCCGGUUAGCAUGUGAAAUGCUCCUGGGGCACGACUGGGCGCCAAUAUACGAUGUCCUAGACAGGGUGAGGGACGCAGAAGUAGCCCGUAAAAAGAUCCAGAGCCAAGAGGGCUGGUUGGGCGAGCUUGAAGAAGGAGAAGGGUAAACCGAUGAGGCGAAUAUGUUGGACCUCAACAACCUUACGAGUAGUCUCCUGUUCCGCGACGCCCAAGAGAAGGAUCCGGAGAUCGGGACGCUUCAAGAGCAGGCCCAAGGUACCCAGAGGGCCUCUACGUUGCCACCAGAAGGACGGGCCCACUUCGAGAAAUUUUACCCUUGAAGAAUGGCUAGCACAUUCUCUCGUCUCCUGGCUGGCCGCACAACUGCUGUGCUCUUUGCAACAGUUAGCACAGGGGCUUUAACCACUGGAUAUCUACUGAAUCAGCAGAGUGUGAAUGCAGGAGCUCAGGAGAGACGAAAACUCUUCCCUCCAAGUGCAGACUAUCCUGAUCUCCGCAAACAUAACAACUGCAUGGCUGAAUGUCUCACACCAGCAAUUUAUGCAAAACUAAGGGACAAGAUGACUCCCAAUGGCUAUACCUUGGACCAGUGUAUCCAAACUGGGGUUGACAAUCCUGGCCAUCUUUUCAUUAAAACUGUGGGUAUGGUUGCUGGUGAUGAAGAGUCAUAUGAGAUGUUUGCUGAGCUUUUUGACCCAGUAAUUAAAGUGAGACAUAAUGGCUAUGAUCCAAGUAUAAUGAAGCACCACACAGACCUGGAUGCAUCCAAGAUCACCCAGGGCAACUUUGAUGAGCGCUAUGUCCUAUCAUCACGUGUACGUACUGGUCGCAGUAUCCGAGGUCUCAGCCUUCCCCCAGCCUGUUCUCGGGCAGAAAGGAGAGAAGUAGAAAAUGUCGUGGUCACUGCGCUGGCUGGGCUGAAAGGAGACCUUGCUGGAAAAUAUUAUAGCCUGACUGAUAUGUCUGAGAAGGAUCAACAGCAACUUAUUGAUGAUCAUUUCCUCUUUGAUAAGCCAGUGUCUCCUUUGCUAACAUGUGCUGGGAUGGCACGUGACUGGCCAGAUGCCAGAGGAAUCUGGCAUAACCAUGACAAGACAUUUCUUAUCUGGAUUAAUGAAGAGGACCACACCCGGGUGAUCUCCAUGGAAAAGGGUGGUAAUAUGAAAAGGGUGUUUGAGAGAUUUUGCCGUGGUUUAAAAGAGGUUGAAAGAUUAAUUAAAGAACGUGGUUGGGAGUUCAUGUGGAACGAGCGUCUAGGAUAUGUUUUGACUUGUCCCUCCAAUCUGGGAACAGGAUUACGUGCAGGAGUCCAUGUUAAACUUGCAAAGCUCAGCAAGGAUCCCAGAUUUUCAAAGAUCCUGGAGAACCUGAGGUUGCAGAAACGUGGCACUGGUGGUGUGGAUACAGAAGCUGUGGCAGAUGUGUAUGAUAUCUCCAACGUGGACCGUAUGGGCAGAUCAGAGGUGGAGCUUGUCCAGAUAGUCAUUGAUGGAGUCAGUUAUCUGACUGACUGUGAGAAGAAGCUGGAAAAAGGUCAAGACAUUAAGGUGCCACCACCUUUGCCCCAGUUUGGAAGAAAGUGAGCUUGGUACUCAUGAUUCACGACUGAUGUUAAAUGUAUCUGUUGUUCCAACAAAAAGUGUUUCUGUAUAUCAGUACAUAAAUAAGAUCCUGAUGACUUGUGUAAUAAAACACAACCUGAUGUCUA